UGGAUGGAUCCAAAAGUAUAAUUCAGUCAUCAAUGUUUUUACUUUUGCAUUUUUUACCUUAAACCUACUAGGAACAAAAUGGAGUGUGUGCAGACAAUUGCUGCCAAGAUAAAGAGCUCCUGGAAAUCUCUAAAAGUUAGCGUAUUGGGAUAGCAAGUUAAUGGAUUCACUUGACAACAAAAAUGUUAGGGAAAGGUUUCCUAUUCUUCUUUUAGGCAGCUAUAAAAUUAAUACUUGGGCAAGCCAACUCAUGUAAUAUUAGGAACUAAUGAACAAUUUACAUAUUAGUUAAUAGACUUGUUACUAAGUCAGUUAAAAUUGUUUUUAUUUCAAAAAUAUUUAUUUUUAGAUUGUUCAGGUGUAAAAUUACUGGGUAUACUAGCACUGUUAUAUAAGUCCGCAGAGAAGAUGGAUCCAGUGGUUUCUAAGGCAACAUGAAUUACUAAAAAAUUGGAACUGCACAGAUUGUGUGGCUGGCAUGGUUUUUGAGACAACAGCAUCAAAUACUGUGGAUAUAACGGCAAGCUGUGUUUCAAUGCAAAAUGUAUUAAACAGACCACUUCUGUGGCUUGCUUGCCAACAUCACAUAGGAGAGAUUAUACUAACUCAUGUAUGGAACAGUUUGGAGAUAGAGGUUUCAAAAGGUCCUAAUAUCAGUCUAUUUUUAAGAUUUAAGAAAAACUUUGAACAUCUGAAUUGCCAAACUAUUGAAGACCUUGACAUCCCUCAAAUUUCACAGUCUUUGAUUAACAAAAAAGAUGCCAUUACCAAUCUUUGCCAAGAAGCAAUGAGGCAAAACUUCAGCAGAGAUGAUUAUAGAGAACUUGUUCAACUAAUGUUGUUGUAUCUAAGCAAUGGGCAAAAUGUGGUAUUCUCUGGGUUUAUUAGGCCAGGUGCUUUUCACAAUGCAAGAUGGAUGGCAAAAUUGUUAUAUUCUAUAAAACUUGCACUGUUGAACAAAAAAAUCAGCCAGCUCCCUAAAGGAACAAUUCUUGCUCUACAAUAAUUCCCUAAGCUACAAAGGAUUGUUCAGUUUGUUGUAUUUUGUUGUAUUCCAUGGUGGCUUAGUGUACCUAUAUCUUCAGUAGCUCCUACUAACUAUAUAAAUCAUAUUAAUUCGUUAUUAGAGUAUAAAGUUAUUGAUUUAUUUAUUGCUAAUGCUGCUCUGAAAGUUUUCAGCGAUCACAUGUGGUAUCUCACUGAGGAGUUAGCUCCACUGUCUCUAUUUAAUAAUAACCUAGAGGACAAGCAGGAACCAAAGAUUGCAAAUAAAAUACUAUCACUAAAAAAUUAUAAGACAUUGAAUGAAAUAACUUUAAAAAAGGAAAGGGUCAGGGUUUGGUAAACCUAUAUUUCCAAUGGUUCCUAAAAUGAUUGUGAAUAAUUUAAUUGGUUAAAAAAGACUCACCAGUAUUUUUCACCAUAUUAAAUAUAAAUAGUAGUUUUUUCAGGGAAGCGGUUACAGAAUGGCAAAAAAAACGAAAAUUUUCUAGCUUCAAAAAAUGUGGUUUCUAGUUUAUGUGUUGUAAACGAUUCUGCUGAACGUGGAGUAAAACUUUGUAGUGACUUUGCGGGAACUGCUAAGAAAGUAAAUAAGUUCCAAAACAUUAUACAAGUUGUAGAAAACAACAGAAAUAUGUUGUCCAACCAAAAAAAAGGCACUUAGAACCAAUCAGAUGAUACAUUAAAUUCUGAUCAGAUUGUUUAUUUUUUCUAUUUUUUAUUUAGAAGUGUUACUUUUGAUAUUGUUACACAUGUAAAUGUUAUUAUAGCAUUUUGUUUUUUGUUAAUAUUUGAACUUUACUUUAUAUUUUAAAUUUAAUGUUAAAAUCUUUAACUUAUUAAACAUUUUUUUUUAAAUUUGUGUAAAAUAA